GGUAUCCAUUCAAUAUGCCAAUUUGAUUGCUACCCGAGGUUCUGGAUUCGUGAAAAUUGCGCAGACUCAAGAAUGGCUUCCGCUGACUUCAGCAUGCAACGAUGUGUAUUCUGUAGUCGAAAGAAUGACCCGACCCGGUCGAUUAUGGGGACGGAGCUGCCGCAUGAUACUUGGCGACAGGGUUGAAAUUUCGGGUGAGCGACCAAUGCUGUGCAAACAACUGCAAGCGACCAAACUCAAAACAAGGACGUGGGUGUCAGACAGGAGGAACCCCUCCCUCCCAAGAGUCCCGACUCCCAACUCUCUAGGAGGCAGUGCUAACCUGCCAGGGAGCUACCGUGUUUGACGUUUUCUGACGAGUGUUCCGACUUUGGUUCGCCUGGUCGGUCCUUUUUCAUUAGCAGGAUUACAACAGAGUAUCAAGCCUUCGUAUCAGGGAAUAGGAACGGCAAUUGCGGCGCGGUUGCGACCAACAUGAGGCGAAC